UACGAGGUCAUACGCUGCAUCAAAAUGUUUGACCUACACGGGUGCAAAAAGCUGCUAGGUUCUAUGCAGGAGGACUAUCGGGCGCGCUGGGCCUACAUCUCUUACCUGGUACGCUGCCGACAGGGGCUCCUGGCCACACGCAACACACUACAGCGUCUGCUCAGCCGGGUCAACCGAGACAAGGAGAUCUGUAGCCGACAUUUGACCAACAUUUGUGCCCGUCGUUUCCUGGAGCGGAGAGAGAAGAGGAUGUACCGAUUCAUCGCAGACUUCCAGAAGCUCUCCAUGUCUGACGAGAAAAUUGACCUCGUGGAACAGUUUCUGCAGCUUCUCUACCAGGAGAUGAGCACGGAUGUUUUGUGGAAAGACUUCUGCAGGAACACCUGCGUAAGCUGAGCAAAGUGGUGAGCCCGACCCACAAGGACCUGCGCAUCCCUCACAUGUACCACGCUGAGUGCCCCUGGCCCGCCGCACAGAAGGAGAUUUACAUGAUCAACGCAUAUAGGACCCCCAAGGACAAGAUCCAGUGUGUUUUACGGUGCUCCCAGACCAUUAUGAACCUGCUGAGCAUGGCCAACGAGAAGUCAGUCCCUGCGGCGGACGACUUUAUGCCCGUCCUGAUCUUCGUGCUGAUCAAGGCCAACCCCUUCAACCUCCUGUCCACCAUCCAGUACGUGAACAGCUUCUACGAGAGCCGGCUACACGGAGAGGAACAGUACUGGUGGCUGCAGCUCACCUCGGCCGUCGAGUUCAUCAAGACCAUGGACUACUCGCAUUGACAAACGGCGCAUUGGUAGAACGUAACACACGCAUUUACGAAGGAUGCGUUGGUAGUCAUAGCAUGUGCAUUGACAAGGGAUGCGUUGGUAGGCAUAGCACAUGCAGUGACAAACAAUGCGUUUAUAGAAAUAUUGUAUGCAUCGGCAAACAAGCCUUUGUUAGUCAUAGCACAUGCAUUGAGGAAGAGUGCAUUGGUAGUCAUAGCACAUGCAUUGAGGAAGAGUGCAUUGGUAGUCAUAGCACAUGCAUUGACAAACGACGCAUUUGGUAGUCGUAGCACACACUUUGACAAACAACUCAUUUGUAGACAUAGCACACGCUUUGAUAAACAGCGCGUUGGUAGACAUAAUGCACAGGAUGAUUUCCUAGACUGGUAGAUGGUGUAGAUGGGUGCGGGUGUGUGUGUGUGUGGAGUUCUGGGUUAGCUUGUCACUGACCACUGUCGGAGGACCUGGAUCAGGCUUUAGCUGACCGUUACAGGGUUUGCUGGCGGUGGCGACCGUUAAAGGACUGACGGGUGGUGGCUUAGCGCCCUUAUUGUUCAUCUCUAAACAGGAGAUGUCUUUGAAACAUUUUGUUUGUGUUGAAGAAAGUGUAUGACUUUGGUGACAGUCAAGGAAACAUGACUUAAAUUUUUUUUAGUUUGUGUUUAAAAAGAGAGUAUGACUUUUGUAUCGGUCAAGAAAAUAUAUCUUGAACGUUUUAGUUUGCGUUGAAGAAAGUGUAUGACUUUUGUAACAGUCAAAGAAAAUUGACUUUAGCCUUUUAUUUACGUUGAAGAGAGAGUAUGAUUUUUGUGUGUUGGUCAAGGAAAUAUGACCCAAUCUUUUUUAUUUGCGUCAAUGGGAGCGCAUGAUUUUUGCAUAGAUCAAGGAAAAAUGACUUGUGCCAUUUGUUACGUGUUGAAGAGAGCAUGCGGUUUGUGUAAAGGGUCAAGAGGUCAGUGCACGGUAGUCUCUGGGAACAAAACAGCCUCGUUGUGUUUGUUUAUGAGUGUGUCUUUUGUUGUUGUUGUUGUGAGUUUCUUGCUGCAAGUGGGAACGGUUUUUUGUGGAAAUAAGUGGGUGGUUAGUGGGUUGUUCUGAUGUGAUUGGCUCCUUCUUUCCUAGUAAACUUGUCUCAG